AUGUCUGGCUGCUGUUGUUCUAGGAAAUGCCCCUCCCUGCCCGCUGUCUCUCUGUGCUCUACUGAGGUGAGCUGUGGAGGACCCAUCUGCCUACCCAGCUCCUGCCGAAGCCAGACGUGGCAGCUGGUGACUUGUGAAGACAGCUGUGGGUCAUCCGGCUGCGGCUCACAAUGCUGCCAGCCUUCGUGUUCCGUGAGCAGUUGCUGCCAGCCUGUGUGCUGCGAGGCCACCCUUUGUGAGCCCUCUUGUUCUGUGAGCAGCUGUGUUCAACCUGUGUGCUGCGAGGCCACCGUUUGCGAGCCUUCCUGCUCUAUGGGCGGUUGCUGUCAACCUGUGUGCUGCGAGGCCACCAUUUGCGAGCCUUCCUGCUCCAUGAACACCUGUGCCCAACCCGUGUGCUGUGAGGCCACCAUGUGCCAGCCUUCUUGUUCUGUGAGCAGCUGCCAGCCCGUGUGUUGUGAGACUGCAUCCUGCCAGCCUGUCCUCUGCUUGCCCGCCACCUGCCAGCCAGUGAUCUGUGAGCCCAGCUGCUGCUCAGCUGUCUGCGCUGUGCCUGCUUCCUGCCAACCAAUGAUCUGUGAGCCUGUGGUUUGUGAGCCUGCUUGCUGCCAGCCAGUGUGCUCAACACCUAGCUGCUGCCCAUCUGUCUGCUCUGCAGCCAGUAGCUGUCAGCCAGUCGGCUGUGACUCCACUCCCUGCGAACCACCUUGCUCAGAGGCCUGUGUUUGUCCGCCAUCUGCCUGUAUGGCUCUGGUGUGUGAACCUGUUUGUCUCCGUCCUGUUUGCUGUGUUCAGGGCCCCUGUGAGCCACCGUGUGUCUCUAGCAGCUGCCAAGACUCCUCAUGCUGUGUCUCCAGUAUCUGCCAACCUGUCUGCCCUGAGCCCAGUCCUUGCCUGCCAUCGGUGUGUGUGCCCACCCCAUGCCAACCUUCCUGCUACAUAGUCAAAAGAUGCCGUUCUGUCUGUUGUGAGCCUAUUUCCUGCCCAACUCCCUCCUGCCAACCUGCUUGCUGCCGUCCGGGGUCUUCUGCAUCUGCCAUCUGCCAACCAGCUUGCCCCCCUCGGACUUUCUACAUACCUAGUUCCAGCAAGCCGCCUUGUAGUCCAGUUUCCUGCCGCCCUAUCUGCCGUCCCAUCUGUUCUGGACCCAUCACCUUCAGGCAGCCAUACGUGACAUCCAUCACUUACCGCCCAGCCUGCUACCGCUCCUGCUAUUCCAUACUACGUCGCCCUACCUGCCUAGCUUCGUACUCCUACCGCCCUGUCUGCUCCCGCCAACCUUGCGCUGAUUCUGACGACGAUAAGCGUGAUAGCAAAAAGUCAACUUCCAGUCAACCCGACUGUGCAGAUACAACACCCGGCAAGACAGAGGUCUCAGAUGAGACUCCCUGUCAGCCCUCUGAGAUCAAACCCGCCAGCCCCAUCACCCGUGAGGCUGCAGCCCCCCAGUCUGCAGCCAGCAAGCCUGCUGACCGCUGA